AUGGGGGUUCAUCUUCGACCUCCGCUGAAACUGACGUCGAGUGACAAUGCUCAGCCGGUUUUUGUCAUUUCUACAGAUCCAGAUAUCGAUCGGAUUACCAGCGACACAAAAUAUGAUAGGAUCAAAGUGGCCUUUGGGCAGAACGCGGAACACAAGGACAGGAAGAACAGCAGUUUGAUUCUGCUUGCCGAUGAAGAAGAGGUCGUCCGAAUUCCACUUUACUUCAUCGCGCCGACGACGACAUUCGAUGUGAAGAUUUGUGUGAAGGACUCUUAUGAAUACAGUACAUCCGCGCAAGAAAUGGCUAUACUCAGCGUGUCGAACACGGCACUUGGCGUCGACAUUGUCAGAAGCAAUCUGCCGCUGAACAGUAGGUCUUCUCAGUUAUACGUCAACAUGUAA